UUUUGUUUACUGUUUUUGUGCUUUUCCUUUCUUUUUUUGUUUGGGUAAUAUAAGACUGAUGGAAAGAGACAUACGGAAUAAUUAGAGAACAAUGAUAAAAAUGGUCAUGUUGGGUUCUGUGGUCAGAAAAUGAAGAUUGAUACAUCAACCCAAAUAUAAAGAUCCUUCAUAUCUUGGUUCUUGUAUUUAUGAAUCCAAUUGCUUACUGAAUUUUUUUUUCUUAAGAUUGUUCUAUCUUCAUCCUCUUUCCUUUUUCAUCCUUGGGUUCUGGGCUUCUUUUGUGUUAUUAGCAAAUUCUCAAUACCUUCAUUAAUUCUUUUCUAGUUGAAUGUUUUUUUUGUAGGAUUUUCGAGCUAUCACUGUUUUUGCUUGUACGUGCAGAUUUUCACAGCUAGGGUUUUCCAGUCAUUUGCAACCUUCUUUUUUUGGCUGAAAUUCAGCUGAAAACUUCAGUUUCUGAAAUAGAUUUCUUUUAGGGUUUUGAAGUUCUUAGCAUUUAUUUCGUAGAUUUACCUCUCUUUUUUUUCCAACAAUCAUUUGGGUUGUGAAUUUCUUGGAUAUUCAGCUUUGCACUUCUCUUUAAGCUUUUGGAUAUCAGCUUCUUCUUUCUUUCACGGCUAGCUUUUCAGCUAUACCUUAAUUUAUUGAAAAUAUAUAAAAAAUGGUGAGAGGAAAGGUAGAAAUGAAACGAAUAGAGAAUACAACAAGCAGGCAAGUAACCUUCUCAAAGCGUCGGAAUGGACUUCUAAAGAAAGCUAAGGAGCUAUCUGUUCUUUGUGAUGCUGAAGUUGCUUUGAUCAUUUUCUCACAGAAAGGAAGACUCUACGAUUUCGCUAGCUCCAACAUGCAAAAGACAAUUGAGAGAUAUCGUGAACGUGCAAGAGAAACGGUGGUGUACAACAGCACUGAACUCCAGCAGUACAUGGAGGUCAGUAUUCUUUUGAAUUACUUCCAUGGUUUUCUCUUAUGUGCGUCAAGCAAUUUAUUAGUAUAGCAAUA